GGCAUUGGGCGAGUCCGUCUGCUCAGCGGUUGGUGCAGCUGGUUGCAAUAGCUGCUGAUCAAGCUUGUUUCCAGCUUGUUUCGUUCAGUUUUGUUUCUUUUGGUUUUGUUGUUGUGGUGCAGCGUGGAUGGGAACGUGUGGCAGGUGCCGUUGUUGACUGUUUUGGCGGGUUUAUGUUUCGAUUUAAGAAGCCAUUGUAAUUUGUUACAUGUAUCAGGGUUUGGUGAUGUACAUUGGCAUGACAUUGUGCUACUUUGUAAUAUUUUGUUGAGAAGUAAACAUUUCAUCGUUUUCAAGCAGAUUGAUAGUAUCAAGAAAUAUAGGUACGUUUUUGGCGGCAAUGCCUAGUGCAAAACGAAGUUCUUCAAGCGAGUUGGGAAAUGAUGAUACGUCGAAGAAAAAAACCAAACGCCAUUCAGAGGAGUUGCAAAGGAGUUCUACAAGUGAUUUAAGCACCAGUCUCGUGAAUUAUGGAGCCAGCACCAGCCGAAGUCAAGUUGCAUGUACCAUCGGGAACGAAGAAAAGGUUGCAGGUUACAUUGAAAAAGUUUACAUGAAGAAUUUCAUGUGCCACUCUGCGUUAGAAGUUACUUUGAACAGCAAGAUAAAUUUCAUUGUGGGAAGAAAUGGUAGUGGCAAAAGUGCAAUCUUAGCAGCUGUAGUCAUUGCUUUGGGUUGCAAAGCUUCUAUUACUAACAGAGCUUCUUCACUAAAAGAUUUUAUUAAAAAUGGAGCUAAUUCAGCAUUGGUCCAAGUAACCCUGAGCAAUGAAGGUUUGUAUGCAUACAAACCAGAAGUUUAUGGAUCUAAGAUUAUUAUUGCUCGUAGCAUAUUUGCGGGUUCAACUCCGUCUUCAUACAAAUUUAAAUCUGCAAAAGGGGAAAUAAUAAGUACUAAACGUGAAGAACUUGAGAAAAUAAUCACAGCUUUUAAUAUUCAAGUAGAUAAUCCUAUUUCUGUGCUCAAUCAAGAUACAGCUAGAACAUUUUUGGCUACUGCUGAUCCCAAAUUGAAAUACACACUUUUCAUGAAAGCUACAAAAUUAGAAGAUGUGGAUCAGUUGCAUGCUAAGACACUAAGCUGUGAGGCAACUAGUAUGAGGAGCCUUCAAAACGAAAUAGAUGAAUUGGAAAAGAAAGUUAAUGCUUUAAGGAAAUUAGAAGAAGUGAGACGGGAAGCAGUGAACUUGGAAAAUGAAUAUUUCUGGGCCCUUGCUCGUGAUGAAGAAAAAGUAUUAGCAAACAUGCAGAGUAAGAUUGACAAGGAAAAAGAAAGUAAACAACCUCUCAAAAACAGACUUGAGAAGAGAAAACAAGAGUUGAAAAUGAAGCUUGAGGCACAAAAAGAAACUAAAGCUGAAAUUGGUGAAAUGGAUGGAAAAGUAAAGGACAUAAAUGAAAGACUACAGAAAGCCACUAGUGAAUUUAAAGACCGACAUUCAGCUUACAAAAAUUCUCUUCAAAAAUAUAAGCAUCUCUUGAAAGAAAAAGAAAAGUACAAACAAGAUUGCAAUGCUGUAAAACAUGAAGUCGAAAAGCACAGAGGUGCCCAAGAGAACUUGCAAGAAAGGAAGAGAUUAACUGAAGAAGUUGAGAAAUGUAAUAUGGAACUUGGUAAAUAUGACUCCGUUAUAAAAAGCACAGAAUUGGAACAACAGCAACUUCGAGAUGAAGCAUAUGAGUUGCGUGGAAAAGUAUCUUCAUUGCAAAUGGAUAAAAAAAGGAGAGAGAAUGACAUCAGGAUGAAGAAACAUCAGUUGGAGAAAUUAAAAUCAGAGACUGAUAAUUUAUCAAUUUAUGGAGAAUGGAUGCCUAGACUUGUUCGGCGCAUAGAAGAUUGUUAUAAGCAAAAUAAAUUUGUCCGCAAGCCUCUGGGACCACUUGGAUCUUUGGUGAAAGUGGAAGAUGCAAAAUGGACGCCAGCCAUUGAAAAGGAACUUGGAAGUACUUGCCAGUUUUUUGCUGUACAUUGUGCUAAAGAUUCCCAGGUUUUACAAGGUCUUUUCAAAGAACUUCGCUUGUCUAGAAAUCCUGGAAUUUUAGUUAGCAAAUUUACAGACAAGCUCCAUAAUAUACAUGGCAGCUGUGUGAAAGCCCCAGGUUAUCAAAACAUUUAUGAUGUUCUUCGCAUUUCUGAAGUAAAUGCUGCUAAUGCUUUGAUUGAUGCAAAUGGUAUAGAAGGUAUUCUGUUGAUUCCCACUCCCAAAGAAGCUGUUAGAAUGAUGAGCAAGAAUGUGCCCAAGAAUUGUAGAAAGGCUAUAACUUUGGAAGGAGACACAUACUUUCCCUUUCCUGAUUAUAGAAUGUAUGCUGGAAGUGGAAAAUUGAGGGCUAGGUUUUUGCAGAUCAACAAACAAGAUAUGAUUAAUUUAAUAGCAUAUGAUACUCAGAUGCGUGAAAUGAAUGUAAUGAUUGAUAAAAAUCGGGCAAUGACUGAUGAUGUAUGCCGAAGAAUAUCCGAGUUGCGUAGCUUAAAAGCCAAAUUAAUUAAGCAGAAGAGCGAGUUCGAAAGUGCAAUGGAUUUAUUGCCUGAUCCACAACAUUUCUUGAUGUUGAACGAAGAAUUGAAGAACUUAGAAAAGAAAGGUGAAGAGGUGAGGAAGGAGUGUGAGGAAGUGAACAGGGAGUCUGAUAACUUAAAAGAAUUGUCUCAGAAUGCAGCAGAAGCGGUGAAGGCAAUUCAGGCAGAGAGAGAAGAUAUUGACAAGUCCAUGCAAAAAUUGCAGCUUGAAAUUACCAAUCAGAAAGACAUCGUGAGAAAGAUAGAAUCCAAAGUUAAGGAUUUGGAAUUGGCAUAUGCUGAACACUGCAGUAAUGUAGAGCAAAUGGUGGUGUCAUUGAAGAAUCAGGAGAAGCAAACUGAAGUGGUUGUGAAUCAUGCACUCAGUAUGUGCCCACAACGACUGGAGACUACAAGGCCUGCCCAUGUUAUUCAGAAUUUAAUAAAAGACCUGAAAACAUAUCAGGAUAUGGUUGAAGAAGAAAAUGGAGUUACAGAGGAGGUGGUUGAAAUUCUUGAAGAAAAAAAGAAAAAAUAUCAAGCAAAUAUGGAUCAGAUGAAUGAGAUAGAAUUAGGAUUAAAGGCUCUUUCCAAAUCCUUGGGCAGUAUGGAUUUCGAUGAUUCAGCAAGAACUUUGAAUGUUGAAAUUGCACCUGCUCAAGAGACUGAAAGACGUGAGACCAAGUCUUUAUCAGGUGGUGAGAGAUCAUACUCUACAGUUUCAUUUAUACUGUCCUUAUGGGAAUGUGUUGAACCACCAUUUUACUUUAUGGAUGAGUUUGACGUCUUUAUGGACAAAGUAAAUCGAAGAAUUGUUAUAAACAAUCUUAUAUGGUAUGCACAACAAAACAAAAAGCAUCAGUACGUUUUUCUUACACCUCAAGAUACAUCUCAGAUUACAACUUCCGAAGAUGUUACCAUUUACAGAUUAGAUGAUCCAGAAAGAACAGCAGCAAAUUAGUUUGCUUUGUUGAAUUUUUACCCCAUAUUCAGGGUUUAAACUUCUGAUUAUCAUAGUUGGAAGAGUCAGAAGUCAUGUAAUAAGAUGAUUGAAAGCAUUGCAUUGGAUGUCUGUGCAAAGUACAUUAAUUAAUAGUAAUCUAGGGUAUAAUGGACAGUCAUAACUGGAUAUUAUGCUACGUAUUUGUUAAAGAGAAAAAAGUUUAAAUAUAUUACAAUUUUUAUCAAUGAAGUUUUCUAUUGUGACUUCUUUCUUGUUAUGUAUUCUUUGUUGUUGUUUUUUCUGACAAUAAAGAGCCAUAUUAACAGA